AUGAGACAAUUGAUAAUAGCCUACAAAGAAAGUUUAUUUCUCCCCACGCACACUGGUACUUCUUGGCGCUUUGACAAACCUAUAUUUCCUAUUCAGUCGCUAUAUUUGACGAAAAUGGUUUAUAUAGCGAGACCGUAGCAGGAGCGGAUCUAUCCAUCUGCAAGGAGGGCUGCAGGUUUUCCAUGGGGUCGUGUACGUGGGAGCCUUACUGCUCGGCAGACAGCAACGCUACUAUCCCAACAUUACCAUUAUUACCCAUAGUUAUCAAGGAUUUAAGCCUUGAUUAUGCCAAUUACUCUCACAGUCGUGCAUGAUCUUGUUGUUAAGGCUGAUUUCCACUGUUGCGUUUUUCAUACGUACGUAUAUACGCACGUAAAACCUUAAAUCCUUUUAAAUGUUACUUAUGAAAUAACCAAAUAAAUAAAGCAUUUAGUGUUCCGCAAGUUUUAGUAUGCAUUUGUUAACUUAUUUGUAAAAUAUUUAAAAAAUAGAAGGUUCAAAAUUUUAUGUGCGUGUACGUGCACGUACGAAAAACGCAACAGUGGAAAUUAGCCAUAACCAAAAAAAACAGAAAUUGCAUAUGACAUUACAUCGAGAUUUAAGACUUCAAUUGUAAACUUAAAUUGCAAAUAAUUUGAAAUUUAGGUUAACUUCAUUGAAAUACGCAAUAAUCAGGAGCGAAUAGCAACUGCAUGAAUUGGAAUUAGUCUAAUAGACCAUUUUUUGUUAAUUUUUAACAUGGUCAAAAAUGCUUGUUCGAUUUAUAACAUUGAUAGUCUCAGUUAAUGUCGCAUGAACAUCUUAUUGUUAUAACGUGGAUUUUAAGUCAGUCUGUUCUGGAUAAGAUAAAAACAGGGGUGGAUUUAUAGGGGGGUGCACAGGGGUGCGCACCCCUGUUGGCCUUGGCCAAAAGGGGUGCAAAGCUAAAUGGGGUGCGGAAAAUCAAAUUUAGAAAUAUGGCACAAUUUCCAAGGUUUUUCCUUUUUCGAAGUCAAAACUGAAGCUCAUAAUUCAAUGCCCAUAUUGCAGGAGAUGGUAUUUCUAGUGUUUUAAUUUUCGACAUUUUCCGGGGGCAUACCCCUGGACCCCCUAGGGAGCUUGCGCCUUCGGCGCUCAAGUCGUUAGGAAGCCAAUUCAUUUGAAUGCUCUCCCACCACCCCCUAAAGAAUUUUGAAGAAACACUUGGUUGCUCACCUAGAACCCCCUAGAAAAACCUUGUUGGAUCCACCCCUGGGUAAAAAUGAUUUCAGCGUAAUAGCUAUUCAAGGUAUCCCGCUACAAAUCAAACAGCAUAAGUUCUGGGGGUUUUCCAUAUCAUACAAGUACUCUCAAAAUAGACGGAAAUUUUAUAUUUUUUAGGAACCUCAAUCUGUAGUACUGAAACUAAGAAAACCCAAGAAUCAGAAGAAAGUGCAAUGGGAUGCUGAUACUGUAGACAAUGAGUCUAUGGGCAAAAAAUCUUCGAAAUGUAAGUUAUUAGGGUGCAUGGGCCAUGUCAUAAAAGCUGCAAGAAAGAUAAUCUGCAUUAUAAAUUCAUUCUAUAGUAUCUUAAUAUAUAAAAUUGGACACUUUGUCACUUAAAAUUUGUUGUUCUUAUAAAAUAUUUUUUAUUGCCGUAAUAAUUACGUAAUUAAUUUUUGGCAUUUUUUCACUGGUACUAAGUUUAAUAUUUCUAAUCCCCGAGCUAGUUCCUGUUAUCACAUGUUUAUUGAACAAUUUGAAAUGUUAUUUUCUCAAAAAAAUGGCGGAAAAAACCCAUGCAAAACUGUCGAAAACCACGAUUUGCAAGAAACAGACGAAUUUUGCAAGAAACGAAACAAGAUCUUCCAGGCGGUCCUCAACUUUUGCUGCCUCAACCCCAUAAAUCCCUGCGCUUGUUCGUCACGAUGCACUACUUCAUGUAAACCUUUUAAAUAGUGCCUUGUAUGUGAAAUAUUUUUAUGGGGCCUGGGGACGGAGCAGUGGAUGUAUUGAAAUAAACCACUAUAAGUAAAACGCCGGUUAAAAUAACACAAAUAUUGUCGAGAAGAUCCCGUAGUUCAAAAGGAUUAUUAUUGCUGCUUGAACAACUUUUUGUUUACAAUUCACUGUAAAUCUGUCACUAGAAAAGUAAUGUAGUUUUGCUGAAUCGUGCACCGUGACUUAUUUCAAUACAUCGAAAUCAUCCCGCCUCGCAUCUCGUCCCGGCAAAGCGAGAUCAAGUAAACAGCCCCUAAGUUUGAUAUUUUUUAUAUAAUACUGGGUUCAUAUAACUAAUGAGAGACUAGUUCAAGGUCGUGGCCGUAGAACAAUAAUUUUAACUGAGCUGUGAGUUUUUUGUGAAGUAGGGAAUAUAUUGUUGUUAGGAUUCUUGUUUCAUAUUGACUUUAUUUUAACUCUAUUUUUGUGUCUGGGAUUGCGAGGCCGGAAUUACACUUAAACCAUGUGCAUUGCAUUUAGUAUUGUCUAACUUAAAUUUUGAUAUACGCCCUGUUAGACAAUACUGAAUGUAAUUCACGUAUAGUUCACGUGUAAUAGCUCUUUUAGUUUUUAAGUUAAAACAAAUCAAACAGGCCAACUCUUGUGCGCCACCCAGUAGUCCAAAGUGAAAAUUCCAUAGAGUUUUUAUGUUGUUGCUAACAUGAUUAUCAAGAAGAAAACGUUAAAUUUUAUAUUUUCAGGUUGUUGUGUGUAUGAUAAACCUCGAGCAUUUGGAGAAUCUUCAUCAGAAAGUGGAUCAGAUGGUGAGAAUGGUGGACAUAAUGCAUAUUGCCCUGGUCAUAAUAAAAAACAUAAUCAUAAACAUAAAGAAAAGGCUGGCGACUCGUAAACUAAUGUUCUGUAUUUAUUCUUGGAUAUGAUAGUACCGUUGAAAACAGUUUUCUCUGCGAUUGGGGCUGAGCUUUAUCUUGACUGUACGAGGAGGCUCAAUUUAGGAAGUUUUUAUAUCUGGAGUUUAGCCCAUCUUGUAGACGCUAACUGGAUUCCUUCUCCCCAACCAGAAAUCAAGUUAGUCAACCUCGCAAGCCAGGAUAUUUCCUCCCGUUACCCGGCCUUCCUUCCCCAAACACGUGGAAGUAAAGGGUCUGGCUUGCGAGGUUGUGAGUUAGUGUCGAUAACAUAUGUGGUAAUGACGCUGAGCUAAAAUUAAAUUAAAAGCUCGUGAAUUCGUUAUAAUGCUCGGUUGUUGGAAAACACGUGAAAGAAAUACCAAAGGAAGUUUGAUUGUCAGCUGCAUUGUGUUAUGCUUUUUAUUGAGGAAUUGAAACUUAAAUUGAACUCACUAACCUUUCACUUAGUGUAUUCUAACUUGCUGUCAUAGUUAAAUGUUAAUAUUGAAUUUUCGUAAUGCUUAUAUUGUUUCACAUGUUAUACUUUGCAUUAUCAAUUUGAAUGAGAUUAAGGCCUGUUUCAUACGUCGAAUUUCGG